CCCAUCAUCUCAAUUAUUUGGGUAGCUCUUUUACAGUCUCUCUACUAACAGUGAAUUUGUUGUUAUUCCAACAACCAUUCGGAGCUUGUCGCAUUUGAUUUGAUUUUUUUUUUACAAGAAAAAAAAAAUCAGUUACAAACCGAAUUUUUAACGGUCAACGUGAAGAUUUUCUAGCACAGCGUAAUUAAACGUAACUCAACAUGAAGGCACAUAUAAAUAAGAAAAUUGUAGUAUUAUUAUUAUGCUUGGGAUGUGCAAUUGCCGGUGCACAUAAAAAGCGAGAUGCUCCAUUUGCACCUCCAAACCGAUCAUAUUUACCGCCACAACAAUCAUCGUCUCAGCAGCCAUCAAAUCAAUAUGGUCCACCAAGUCAAGGUUCGGGCGGAUUUGGCGGAAACCAAGGUGGAAAUCAAGGUGGAUUUGGGGGUAGCGGUUUUAAUCAACCAUCGAAUCAAUAUGGCCCACCUCAAUCAGGUGGAUCAGGAGGCUUUAAUCGACCAUCUGGCAGUCAAGGUGGAGUCAGCAGCUCGUACAUUCCACCACCGUCAGGAAAUUUCCAACAGCAGCAGCAGCAGCAACAACAACAACAAGGCGGAUUUGGAGGAGGCUCACCUUCCGGUGGUUAUCCAUCAAGCCGACCUGGCCAAGCUCCAUCACAGCAAUACGGGCCACCUCAACAGCAACAGCAAGGAGGUUUCGGUAGUGGAAGCGGUUUCUCGGGCCCAUCUUCGGGCGGUUACCCAUCGGGACGACCUGGCCAAGCUCCAUCACAACAAUACGGGCCACCACAACAAUCACAACAAGGUGGUUUUGGUAGCGGUGGAAGCGGCGGAAGCGGUUUUGGAUCAGCAUCUGGCCCAUCAUCUGGUGGUUAUCCAUCAGGCAGACCUGGCGGUCAAGCGCCAUCCCAGCAGUAUGGACCCCCUCAACAAAAUAGUUUUGGCCAACAACCACCACCACCUCAGCAACAACAAGGUGGUUUUGGUAGUGGCGGAAGCGGUGGUUUCGGAUCAGCCUCUGGCCCAUCAUCUGGUGGUUAUCCAUCAGGUCAACCAGGUCAAGGUAAUGCACCUUCACAACAGUAUGGACCACCACAAUCGCAACAAUUCGGACCAGGAUCACGCAGCAGCUCAUCGGGUGGAUUCCCUGCACAACCUUCACAACAGUAUGGCACUCCUGCUUUUUCAUCACAAUCAUCUCAGCAAUUUGGUGGUGCACCAAGACAAACUUUCUCACCACCAGCUACUAGCUACGGAAUCCCAGACCGAACAUCUCCAGGAUUGGCUCCACCAGCCCCAUCUAGCAGUUACAAUGCACCACAACAACAGCAAGGAUCAGGAUUUGGCGGUAAUACUCCAUCCGGAAGUUAUGGCCCACCACAGCAAUCAUCAGGAUUUGGCACACCAUCCGGAAGCUAUGGUCCACCUCAACAAUCAUCAUCUAGUUUCGGCUCUCCAUCUGGUGGUAGCUUUGGUCAACCACAGCAAUCCUCGUCAUCAGCAGGAUUUGGCACUCCAUCAGGAAGCUAUGGACCGCCUCAAUCGGGUUCCGGUCUGCAAGGUGGUGCAAAUGGAUAUCCAUCGGGUCGGCCAUCAAAUGGUUUCGGUAGUUCGCAAGGCAGUGGAUUUGGCGGAAAUCAAGGUGGCGGCGCCGGCGGCGGUAGCAAUGGAUACAGUCAAGGUGGAUACAGUCAAGGCGGUAAUGGUUUUGGUGGUAACAAUGGUGGCAGCGCUGGAUAUCCAUCGGGUCGGCCAGGCAGUCAAGUACCUCCAACGAUUACACAGCAGUAUGCACCAAACGGCGGUUAUCAAUACUAAAAAAAAAAGUUCGCGUCACAUCUAUAGUUGCAUUUGGUUUCUUUUCCUAAGGUUAAAAUUAUGUUAUUUUCAAAAGAAAAACAAAAAAAAAGUGAAACACAAUUCGCAAGCCGUU